ACUAGUCAUUGUUCUUAAGAACAGCUUAUUUGUGAAGAAGAACUAUCAUCAGUGAAUAAUGGAAUUAGAGGCAAUUUAUGAAAAUGUUAAACAUAGAGAUGUUCAGAACACAACUACACCUCAGAGUCACAGCCAGGAUGAAGGAAAUAAUCUAAAACACAGAGGAAAUCGAUGUUUGGUGUUGAUCACAGUGAGUCUGGCGCUCAUUUGUGUUCUUCUGCUGGUCUUCAUCAUACUGCAGCAGACCACCAUCACAGCAGAGAGAGACCUGAUAAAGAGUUACAAGAGCACAGUUAAAGAGUUCAAUACAACUAUCAGCAGCUUACAGGACAAAUACACUGAUGUCAAGAUGGAAAAAGACCAAAUGCAGAACAACUUCAACUCUUUGAGUCAGAAGAAACUGAAGCUCGAGACCAGAGUCAAUAAUCUCACUGCUGAGAAAAGCCAGUUACAGAGCAACUUCAACUCUUUGAGUCGGAAGAAACUGGACCUGGAGACCAGAGUCAAUAAUCUCAUUGCUGAGAAAAGCCAGUUACAGAGCAACUUCAACUCUUUGAGUCAGAAGAAACUUGAGCUGGAGACCAGAGUCAAUAGUCUCACUGCUGAGAAAAGCCAGUUACAGAGCAACUUCAACUCUUUGAGUCGGAAGAAACUGGACCUGGAGACCAGAGUCAAUAAUCUCACUGCUGAGAAAAGCCAGUUACAGAGCAACUUCAACUCUUUGAGUCGGAAGAAACUGGAGCUGGAGACCAGAGUCAAUAGUCUCAUUGCUGAGAAAAGCCAGUUACAGAGCAACUUCAACUCUUUGAGUCAGAAGAAACUGGAGCUGGAGACCAGAGUCAAUAGUCUCAUUGCUGAGAAAAGCCAGUUACAGAGCAACUUCAACUCUUUGAGUAAGAAGAAACAGGAGCUGGAGAGUGCUCAAAUGAAGAGAGAAUAUAAACAAGGGAGCACACGCAUUGAACGGGUAAGCCUCGCUGACCGUAGAGUGGAAAUGUAA